CCAGCAAAUCGACCGAGCGUACGGUUCUACAAUGAUGAUCAGGCAGAGCUUUCCACUGGGCCAAGUUCUGCUUCUUGCCUUGGCCCUUGCAGCAGCCACUACAAAGAGGCAACAGCAACUCAAUGUAGAGCAGCUGCGUCAACUGGGUCUGGGCAACAUUAUCAAUCUGCCCAACUAUACCGAUCUGCCUCGUGGCAGCUACGACUUCAUCGUGGUCGGAGCUGGCGCCGCUGGCUGCACGCUGGCGGCGCGCCUCUCCGAGAACCCCAAUUGGACUGUGUACUUGAUAGAGGCGGGCGGCGUGGAGAACUUAAUGCAUAUGAUACCGGUGCUGGCGCCCAUGCUGCAGCUGACCGCCUCCAAUUGGAACUACAAAUCGCAGCCGCAGCGGCUCGCCUGUCGCGGCAUGAACAACCACGAGUGCGCCCUGCCGCGCGGCAAGGGUCUGGGCGGCACCAGCUCCAUUAACUUCAUGAUCUACAAUCGCGGCAAUCGACGCGACUUUGACGCCUGGGCGGAGCGGGGCAACCACGGCUGGAGCUACGACGAGGUGCUGCCCUACUUCCUGCGCAGCGAGUCCGCUCAGCUGCAGGGCCUGGAGCACUCGCCCUAUCACAACCACAGCGGGCCCCUCAGCGUGGAGGAUGUCCGCUACCGCAGCAGCUUGGCCCACGCGUAUGUGCGUGCCGCCCAGCAGGCGGGCCAUUCACGCACCGACUACAACGGGGAGUCGCAGCUGGGCGUUUCCUAUGUGCAGGCCAACACGCUGAAGGGUCGACGGCACAGCGCCUUCAGCGCCUACAUUGAGCCUGUGCGACCGCUGCGCAAGAAUCUGCACAUUUUGACCAUGGCUCGGGUCACGCGAGUGCUGAUUGACGAGUCCACCAAAUCCGCCAUCGGCGUGGAGCUGCUGCACGGCCGUCGUCGCUUCGAAGUGCGCGCUCGCAAGGAAGUCAUCCUCUCCGCGGGGGCCUUCAACUCGCCGCAGCUGCUGAUGCUGUCGGGCAUCGGGCCGGAGGAUAAUUUGCGAGCUAUCGGGCUGCCCGUGGUGCAGGCCCUGCCAGUGGGCAAGCUGCUGUACGAUCACAUGUGCCACUUUGGACCCACCUUUGUGACCAACACCACGGGCCAGACGAUAUUCGCCUCGAGUCUGACACUGCCCGCAUUGAAGGACUUUCUGCUUGGACGCGCGGACACACGGCUAUCUAGCAUUGGGGGUGUGGAGACGCUGACCUUCAUCAAGAUACCUGCGGCGCAAACGCCACACGAUCAGCCCGACAUCGAGCUCAUCCAGGUGGCCGGCAGCUUGGCCAGCGAUGACGGCACGGGCCUAACCCACGGCGCCAAUUUCAAGAAUGAGAUCUACGAGAAGAUGUACCGACACUUAGCCUGGCACCAUCAGGAUCACUUUACCUUCCUCGUCAUGCAGUUCAAGCCACAGUCCGUGGGCCGCCUCUGGCUGCACACUCGCAACCCACUCGAAUGGCCUCGCAUCGACCCCAAGUACUUUACCGUUGAAGAGGAUGUGGAGCAGCUGCUAGAGGGCAUCAAGGAGGCCAUCCGCAUCACCCAGAUGCCAGCGCUCCAGUCACUGGGCACCAGGCUCCUCGAUCGCCCCGUGCCUGGCUGUGAGGAUCAGCGCUUCGGCUCGGACGACUACUGGCGCUGCUCCAUCCGCACCAUGUCCUACACACUCCACCACCAGGUGGCCACCUGCCGCAUGGGACCAGCCACCGAUCCCACUGCUGUGGUCAGCCCGGAGCUGAAGGUGCACGGCAUGCGCAAGCUGCGCGUCGUGGACACCAGUGUCAUUCCCCUGCCACCCACCGCCCACACGAAUGCGGCAGCCUUCAUGAUCGGCGAGAAGGCGGCCGACUUGAUAAGAGCCGCUUGGCUUUGAACUUGAAGAGACUUAAAGCUGACAGGCGGGCAUGAAUAGCCGCGUGAGUAAAUGGGUUAAUAAAAUGCGAGCCGAAAGCUCGCGUGAAUGAGCGUGGAGAAGGUAAAUAAAAGCGAGAACGAGUUCAACGGGUUCUUCCCCAAACGAGAGUGAACAAAACCGUUAGAGGCGCAAUUCUCCUUUUUUGUUUUGUUUUGUUUUUUUUUUUUUUUUUUUUUUUU